GCGGCACCAUGCUCAAGGGCCCGGGGCUGCCGCUCCUCCUGCUGGCUGUCUGCUUGGGAGCCGAGGGCCGGAACCAGGAGGAGCGUCUGCUCGGGGACCUGAUGCACAACUACAACCCCCACCUGAGGCCCGCUGAGCGUGAUUCGGACGUGGUCAACGUCAGCCUGAAGCUCACCCUCACCAACCUCAUCUCCCUGAAUGAGCGAGAGGAGGCCCUCACCACCAAUGUCUGGAUAGAGAUGCAGUGGUGUGAUUAUCGCCUGCGCUGGGACCCACAAGACUACGAAGGCCUGUGGGUGCUGAGGGUGCCAUCCACCAUGGUGUGGCGGCCGGAUGUCGUGCUGGAGAACAACGUGGACGGCGUGUUCGAGGUGGCCCUCUACUGCAACGUGCUGGUGUCUCCUGACGGAUGCGUCUACUGGCUGCCGCCCGCCAUCUUCCGCUCCUCCUGCCCGGUCUCUGUCACCUACUUCCCCUUUGACUGGCAGAACUGCUCCCUCGUCUUCCAGUCCCAGACCUACAGCACCAAUGAGAUCAAUCUGCAGCUCAGCCAGGAAGAUGGUCAGACCAUCGAGUGGAUUUUCAUCGACCCCGAGGCCUUCACAGCCGCCCUGCAGUUAGGUGACCGGCGCUGCACUCCCUGCACCCACCCUGGCCUGCUGCCCACAGAGAAUGGGGAGUGGGCCAUCCGGCACCGGCCGGCCAAGACGCUGCUAGAUGUGGCAGCACCCACCGAGGAGGCGGGCCACCAGAAGGUUGUCUUCUACCUGCUCAUCCAGCGCAAGCCCCUCUUCUAUGUCAUCAACAUCAUUGCGCCCUGUGUCCUCAUCUCCUCGGUCGCCAUCCUCAUCUACUUCCUUCCGGCCAAGGCGGGGGGUCAAAAGUGUACCGUCGCCAUCAACGUGCUCCUGGCCCAGACUGUCUUCCUCUUCCUCGUGGCCAAGAAGGUGCCCGAGACGUCCCAGGCAGUGCCACUAAUCAGCAAGUACCUCACCUUUCUCCUGGUGGUGACCAUCCUCAUUGUCGUGAAUGCCGUGGUCGUGCUCAACGUGUCUUUGCGGUCCCCCCACACACACUCCAUGGCUCGCGGGGUCCGAAAGGUGUUCCUACGGCUCUUGCCCCAGCUGUUGCGGAUGCACAUUCGCCCACUGGCCCCAGUAGCUGUGCAAGACACCCAGCACCCACUGCAGAAUGGCUCCCCCACAGGAUGGUCGCUCACAGCUGGGGAGGAGGUUGUUCUCGGCCUGCCUCGCAGUGAACUUCUCUUCCAGCAGCGGCAGCACAAUGGGCUGGUGAGGGCAGCGCUGGAGAAGCUAGAGAAAGGCCCGGAGCCAGGGCAGAGCCAGGAGGUGUGCGGCAGCCUGAAGCAGGCCGCCCCGGCCAUCCAGGCCUGUGUGGAAGCCUGCAACCUGAUUGCCCUCGCCCGGCACCAGCAGAAUCACUUUGAGAGCGGGAGUGAGGAGUGGUUCUUGGUGGGCCGCGUGCUGGACCGUGUCUGCUUCUUGGCCAUGCUCUCGCUUUUUGUCUGCGGCACUGCUGGCAUCUUCCUCAUGGCCCACUACAACCAGGUGCCUGCCCUGCCAUUCCCCGGAGACCCCCGCUCCUACCUGCCCCCACCUGAUUGAGCCAACCAACCACCAACUGCUGCUAGACACGUGGAGUCUUAUCGGCUGUGUUCUUCAGUGGCUGAGGUCAUGAUGUGCUCUUUGGGAAGUGCCCCUCGGGGCCAUAUGAGCCAAUGGCCCGGAGAAAAGCAUGGGAAAUAAAGAGACGGAGCUGGA